AUGACGAGAAAAACAAAAGGUGUUAGUAAAAAAAGAAACAAAGCUGGUCACUUUUCUGCUGAGUGUAAAUAUUGUAAAAGAUAUUGGCCAUGUGGAAAACCUGGAAAAUUAGAAGAGCAUUUAGCUAACGAAUGUCCCAAGGCACUAGAUAUAAUUCAAUCAUAUUAUGUGAAUAUUGUUGCAUCUCGUGGUUUUGGCGAAGAAUCAUCCAACAAUUCAAAAAAAAGAAAAUUUGAUGUUAAUAUUAACAAAAAGAAUAAUCAAAGAGAAAUUUAUGAAUAUGAAGUUGUUGAACGAGUUGAAAAGAAUAAAAUAGCAGCUAUAGUAACAGAUAAUGCAUCAAACUGUGCAAAUGCUCAUAAAAUUAUUUCUACUAAAUAUCCAAAGAUUUUAAACAUACGAUGUAUUACACAUUUUGUAAACUUACUUACCAAGGAUAUUAUGUCUCAUAAUCUGGAAAAACGUACUAUUAAAGCAUGUAAUAAAGUAACAAGAUUUUUUAAAACAUCAUAUAUUGCGAGUAAUCUUUUAAGAAAUGCUAUAGUGUCUCUUAAUAUUAAAGGAGGUGGAUUAAAGACAUAUACUGAAUCACGAUUAAAAAAAGAAAAUUACACCAAAAUUGCUAAUAAAGCAGCAGAAAUUUGGCAAAAUGAAGGAAAUGAUCAGAAUUCAUGCAAAAUUUUAUUAGCUCAAAUUCAAACAUUUACUGAAGCUGAGUUACAUUUGUUUGACUUGGAUCAAGUUCCUUUAUACCCUGAAAAUGAUAAUGAAUUUGUGAAUGAAGAUGAAUUAUCAGAAAUUAAUGAAAGUGAUGAAAAUAAUAGUGAUUUGAAUAAGAGUCAAGAAGAAAAGGAUGAUGAUUCAUCUAAUUAUAAUUAUAAUAUUAAAGAAUUAAUAGCAGAAAUGAUGAGGGAUAAUUCUGAUUAUAGUACUAUUAAAGAAGACCAAUGA